ACAGGAGAUGACCAGAGACUGCGGACAUAGUACAGGAGAUGACCGGAGACUGCAGACAUAGUACAGGAGAUGACCAGAGACUGCGGACACAGUACAGGGGAUGACCAGAGACUGCGGACAUAGGAUAGGAGAUGACCAGAGACUGCGGACAUAGUACAGGGGAUGACCAGAGACUGCGGACACAGUACAGGAGAUGGCCAGAGACUGCGGACACAGUACAGGAGAUGACCAGAGACUGCGGACACAGUACAGAGAUGACCAGAGACUGCGGACAUAGUACAGGAGAUGACCAGAGACUGCGGACAUAGUACAGGGAAUGACCAAAGACUGCGAACACAGUACAGG